CAACGUCCACUUCGCCAGCUGCAUCCCAGCGAUUUUUCCCCAAGCCCGAACCCACAAGCCAGUGCCAAUAAAGCUUAAGACUUAAAUUAAAGAUGGUCAACAUCGGCCACCUUUUCGUGUGGGCCUUGCUCUUGGUCACUACAUCGGCCACUGAUCUGAGCGAUGAUGAGGCGCUCAAUGAUGUUUUAAGCGAACUCGACUUUGACGACUCUUCUCCGAGAUUAACUCGCGACACAUCUCUGUCAGCUAAACACAUCGAGAAGAUCGAUGUGAAAUGCGACCAAGGUAAUGGUAUGAUGGUGGAGGUGGAGUUCUCCGAGGACUUCGAGGGAGUCAUCUACAGUCAGGGAUAUUACAACGACCCCAAGUGCAACUACGUAAAGGGUGACAGAGCAGGUAGAAGUUUCAUAUUCACAGUGCCAUACGAUGGAUGCGGCAGCAAACCCUCGUGCUCCGUAUGCGCCUCAAUCGAGAACAUCCUGAUUAUCCAGGAUGACAGGGAUAUUCAAAACAGCUUCGAUAUUGCACGAAAAAUCUCGUGCAGCCGGGGCGAUGAACGUGAGAAGACUGUGUACUUCAAGCCAUUUGUGGUGGACAUGCUCGAGGUUAUUUCGGUGGACACACCAAGUGGUCCUGUGGAGUGCUGGAUGGAGAUCGGUACUGGUACUCCGCCGAAUAUCAGACCCAUUCAGGGCACUCUAACCCUCGGAACUGACAUAACGUUCACCAUAAACGUAAAGCACGCGGAACAGGCAUGGGAUAUUAAUAUACUGCAAUGUUAUGCCUCAGAUGACAUGGACUUUGAGGCCAGAACCACUAAGAGAUUGCAACUCUCGGACAAAAGGGGGUGUUCGAUAAAGGAGAAAAUAUUUGGGGAGUGGCGAAAGUUUGCAGCGCCCUCUAGUCUGACGUCCACUUACUAUAACACACUAAAGGCCUUCAGAUUCCCCGACCGAUCCCAGGUGUAUCUGAAAUGUGAUAUUGAACUCUGCAAUGGAGCAUGCAAAAGGGACUACACUUGCGGUGUUGAGAGGUCAGGACCAUGCCCAGAGGGAUCAACUGACCCCCAGUGUCUGCAGGAUCAUCUGAUUUCACCCAAGCCUCGCUGCUAUCCGGGCUCCAGAGAACCAGGCUGCCCAACGCCAACCGCCCUGCCACCGACAACAAUCAGGAUUCCAAUAGCCUCAACAUUCACACCAAGGCCACGUUGCUACCCUGGAUCCAACGAUCCAAGUUGUCCGCAAACCACACAGACAACAUCCCAGCCAAGUUGUCCUUUGGGCUCGACGGAUCCCCGUUGUCGUGGGCCACCGGCAACCAUAAAGCCAAGGUGCUAUCCAGGAUCAAAUGAUCCGGCAUGUCAACCAGCUACCUAUCUACCGCCAACAACAAGAAGGACUCCAGCCAAACCACGUUGUUAUCCUGGUUCGACUGAUCCGGACUGUCAACCGGCAACUAGAGCACCUGCUACCACAUUGAAGCCCAGAUGUUAUCCAGGAUCUGAUGAUCCUGAAUGUCUGCCGGCAACUUAUCUCCCGCCAACAACAAGGAGACCUCCGCCUCCUACGACAAGCCCACGUUGCUAUCCAGGCUCAACCGAUUUAGACUGCCAACCCAGAACCAGACCGACCGUCACUACAUCGCUGCCAAGAUGUUAUCCUGGUUCAACCGAUCCAGACUGCCAGUCCAAAACCAGACCGACCGUUACUACAUCGCUGCCAAGAUGUUAUCCUGGAUCAACCGAUCCAGAGUGCCGAACCAAAACCAGACCAACGGUUACUACAUCCCUGCCAAGAUGUUAUCCUGGAUCAACCGAUCCAGACUGCCAACCAAAAACCAGACCGACGGUUACUACAUCCCUGCCAAGAUGUUAUCCUGGAUCAACCGAUCCAGACUGCCAACCCAAGACGAGACCGACCGUUACUACAUCAGUGCCACGUUGUUAUCCUGGAUCAACCGAUCCAGAAUGUCUACCGGCUACCUACCUUCCUCCGACCACAAGGAGAACUCCAGUUCCAACCACCAGAGCCCCAAUAACCACAUCCAGACCUAAUUGCUAUCCAGGCUCAACGGAUAGCCGCUGCCCACAGAAACCCCAAACCACUCCAAGACCAAGAUGCUAUCCUGGAUCACCAGAUCCAACCUGUCAACCUGCCACGCGUGUAACUCAGAAGCCACCAACAACUCAACAGCCGAAGUGCUAUCCCGGCUCAUCAGAUCCGGAGUGUCUGAACUGUUUCCCCGGCUCGCCAGAUCCAAGAUGUCCCAAGGUUCCAACAACCAAGAAAGCAGGAUGCAUCGAUGGUUCGGAUGAUCCGAGAUGUCAGCCGGCAACCUAUUUACCUCCUUCAUCUCGUCGUCCCCCCACAAUUGCUCCGAAGCCCAGAUGCUAUCCAGGAUCAACAGACCCCAGUUGCCCGCAGCCAACUACAAUAAGGACACCCGUAACCACUUCCAAGCCUAGGUGUUAUAUAGGUUCAACAGAUCCCAGUUGUCCACAGCCUACUCAACCAACCACAAUAAGGAUACCAGUAACUACUGCCAAGCCUAGGUGUUACCCGGGAUCUAGUGAUCCAGAAUGUCAGCCAGCAACAUACUCUCCUCCGACGACUAGGAGGCCUGUAACCACAUCCAAGCCAAAUUGUUAUCCUGGCUCAACAGACAGGCGCUGCCCACAGGAACCAGUGACGACACCAAAGCCUAGAUGUUACCCUGGAUCACCCAAUCCCGAAUGUCAGCCCGCUACUUAUCUGCCUCCAACGGAACGAACGACUUCCAAGCCUAGGUGCUAUCCAGGAUCAAAUGAUCCUGAUUGUCAACCAGCUACGUUCACGCCUCCGACAACUCGAAGGCCGAUAACUACGUCUAAGCCCAACUGUUAUCCAGGCUCCACGGAUAGUCGCUGUCCACAGAAACCACCAACGACUCCGAAACCAAGAUGUUAUCCGGGAUCAACAGAUCCUAUUUGUCAACCAGCUACCUACCUUCCUCCGUCGACAGCGAGAACAACAGUUCCUACAGCCAAGCCAAGGUGCUAUCCAGGUUCAAGUGACCCCUCUUGCCAGCCCCCAACGACAAGGACGCCAAUCACUACAUCAAGACCAAAUUGCUAUCCAGGCUCCACCGAUAGUCGUUGUCCUCAGAAACCACCUACAACACCGCAGACAAAGUGCUACCCUGGGUCAACCGAUCUGGAGUGUCUUAACUGUUAUCCUGGUUCUCCGGAUCCAAGAUGUCCGAAAGUUCCAACCACCAAGAAAGCGGGAUGCUUUGAUGGUUCAGAUGAUCCUAAGUGCCAGCCUGCUACUUACUUGCCGCCGACCACUAAUCAAACUCCCACAAUUGCACCCAAGCCAAGGUGCUUCCCGGGCUCAACGGAUCCACGAUGCCCGCAAGUAACGCAGCCAACAACAAGAAGACCAAUUUCGACAGUGAAACCACGUUGUUAUCCAGGAUCUAACGAUCCAUCAUGCCAGCCAGCUACAUAUUCGCCUCCUACCACAAGAACUCCUGUGAUAACAUCCAAGCCAAGAUGUUAUCCAGGCUCUCAGGAACCCGAAUGCCAACCUGCAACAAGGCCACCAAUUACCACAUCCAAGCCAAGAUGCUUCCCAGGAUCAUCAGAUCCCGAUUGUCAGCCAGCCACCUACCUGCCACCAACAUCUGUUAGAACCACAAUUCCAACAGUUCCGACGACCAGAAGACCUGUAACUACGUCCAAGCCAAAUUGUUAUCCCGGCUCAACAGACAGACGCUGUCCAAAGGAACCACUGCCAACACCCAAACCUAGAUGUUACCCUGGAUCACCAAAUCCCGAGUGUCAACCUGCCACUUAUCUUCCUCCCACAACACGAGUCCCCAUUACUACGGCUAAGCCGAGAUGUUACCCGGGCUCAAACGAUCCUGAUUGUUUGCCUCCGACAACCAGAGUACCUGUGACUACGCCAAAGCCUAAUUGUUAUCCAGGCUCUACCGAUAGACGCUGUCCUCAGAAACCACCUACUACUUCGCAGCCAAAGUGUUAUCCCGGCUCAUCAGAUCCGGAGUGUCGUAAUUGUUUCCCGGGCUCGCCAGAUCCAAGAUGUCCCAAGGUUCCAACCACCAAGAAACCAGGAUGUUUCGAUGGUUCAGAUGAUCCAAGAUGUCAGCCGGCCACCUACCUACCUCCUUCUUCUCGUCGGCCGCCCACAAUCGCUCCUAAGCCCAGAUGUUAUCCAGGAUCAACAGAUCCCAGUUGUCCGCAACCAACUACUGUUCGACCACCUAUAACUACGUCUAGGCCUAGGUGUUAUCCUGGAUCUAGUGAUCCAGAAUGUCAGCCAGCAACAUACUCUCCUUCGACGACUAGGAGGCCUGUAACCACAUCCAAGCCCAAUUGUUAUCCUGGCUCAACAGAUAGGCGGUGCCCACAGGAACCAGUGACGACACAAAAGCCCAGAUGUUUCCCUGGCUCACCCAACCCUGAAUGUCAGCCUGCCACUUACCUCCCACCGACAACAGUUAGAACGACGGUUCCUACAGCUAGGCCCAGGUGCUACCCAGGCUCCAACGAUCCCGACUGCCAGCCAGCUCCAACAACAAGAACGCCCAUAACUACAUCGAAGCCAGUUUGUUAUCUAGGAUCAACGGACAGUCGUUGCCCCCAGAAACCGCCUACGACCCAAAAACCAAGAUGCUAUCCCGGGUCUACAGAUCCUGAAUGCCAGCCUGCCACCUAUCUACCUCCAACAACUUCAAGGCCAACUAUCCCUUCAACCAAGCCAAGAUGUUAUCCUGGAUCAACCGAUCCCUAUUGCCAACCGAAAACGUAUUCCCCACCGACAUCAAGGCCAGUGAUAACUACAUCGAAGCCCAGAUGUUAUCCAGGCUCUUCAGAUCCCGAUUGUCAGCCAGCUACUUAUCUUCCACCUACAACCCGACAAACAACGAUUCCAACUUCGAAGCCAAGGUGCUAUCCGGGAUCCAGAGACCCAGAAUGUCAGCCAGCUACUUACUCACCUCCGACAACAAGAACACCUGUGACUACAUCAAAGCCUAAUUGUUAUCCAGGCUCUACCGAUAGUCGCUGUCCCCAGAAACCUACUACUCCGCAGCCAAGAUGUAUUCCCGGCUCAUCAGAUCCAGAGUGUCUGAAUUGUUUCCCCGGCUCGCCAGAUCCAAGAUGUCCCAAGGUUCCAACCACCAAGAAGCCAGGCUGCUAUGAUGGCUCUGAUGAUCCGAGAUGUCAGCCGGCCACCUACCUACCUCCUUCAUCUCGUCAACCCCCCACAAUCGCUCCUAAGCCCAGAUGUUAUCCGGGAUCAACAGAUCCAAGUUGUCCGCAACCAACCACAAUUCGGACUCCCGUAACUACGUCUAGGCCUAGAUGCUAUCCGGGAUCUAGUGACCCCGAAUGUCAAACAGCAACUUAUACGCCACCGACUUCAAGAUCACAAAUCACUACUUUGAAGCCUAGGUGUUAUCCUGGGUCAAAGGAUCCAGAAUGUCUGCCAGCAACUUACGCGCCUCCUACUACAAGGAUUCCUGUGACAACUUCUAAGCCAAAUUGUUAUCCUGGCUCGACAGAUAGGCGCUGCCCACAGGAACCAGUUACGACUCCUAGAUCCAGAUGUUACCCUGGCUCACCGGACUCCGAUUGUCAGCCCGCUACUUAUCUGCCACCUACAACCGCACGCACAACGAUUCCUACUACCAGACCAAGGUGUUAUCCAGGUUCCAGUGACCCUACUUGUCAGCCAGCUACAUACUCGCCCCCAACCACUCGAACGCCUAUAACUACGUCGAAGCCUAAUUGUUAUCCUGGAUCAACAGAUAGUCGGUGUCCACAAACGAAUCCCAAGCCAAGAUGUUUCCCGGGAUCUACAGAUCCGAAUUGUCAGCCUGCAACAUAUCUUCCACCAACCACCGCAAGGCCAACUAUCCCCACAACCAAGGCAAGGUGUUAUCCUGGAUCUAGCGAUCCAUAUUGCCAGCCACCAACUUCAUUGCCCACGACCAUCAGAACUCCAGUUACCACAUCCAAGCCAAAUUGUUAUCCAGGCUCCACCGAUAGUCGUUGUCCCCAAAAAACUCCAACUACUCAGGAGCCAAGGUGCUAUCCGGGCUCAUCAGAUCCUGAGUGCCUGAAUUGUUAUCCUGGCUCCCCUGAUCCCAGAUGUCCAAAGGUGCCGACGACAAGGAAGGCUGGAUGUUAUGAAGGCUCAGAUGAUCCAAGAUGUCAGCCUGCCACUUACUUGCCGCCAUCAACUUAUCGUCCACCCACAAGUGCCCCAAAGCCAAAUUGCUAUCCAGGAUCAACAGAUCCAAGGUGUCCGCAAGCAACGCAGCGGACAACCAUAAGAACUCCAAUUACCACACCGAGAUGUUACCCGGGAUCUCCUGAUCCUGACUGCCAACCUUCAACCAGAGCCCCUGUAACCACAAUAAGGCCAAGAUGUUAUCCUGGCUCUAAUGAUCCAUCAUGUCAGCCAGCUACAUAUUCGCCUUCUACUACAAGAACUCCUGUGACAACUUCCAAGCCAAACUGUUAUCCAGGAUCGACAGAUAGGCGCUGCCCACAGGAACCAGUGACGACUCAAAAACCAAGAUGUUACCCAGGCUCACCUAAUCCUGAAUGCCAGCCUGCCACUUACCUCCCACCUGCAACUGUACGCACUACGAUUCCUACGACUAGGCCAAGGUGUUAUCCGGGCUCUAACGAUCCCGAUUGCCAACCUGCGACAUACUCGCCUCCAACAACAAGAACUCCUAUCACCACACCCAAGCCACGUUGCUAUCCAGGCUCAAAUGAUCCUUCUUGCCAGCCCUCUACUUAUCUUCCGCCAACAACGGCCAGCAGGUGUUACCCGGGCUCCAGCGAUCCUGAGUGUCAGCCUGCUACAUAUGCUCCUCCCACGACAAGAGCUCCCAUAACUACAUCCAAGCCCAAUUGUUAUCCAGGCUCUACGGAUAGUCGUUGUCCCCAGACGACACCUAGACCGAGUUGCUAUCCCGGCUCAUCGGAUCCCGAGUGUCUGCUGGUGACAACUGUCAGAACGCCGAUUGCUGGAACCACACCAGUUUACUGCUAUCCUGGAUCCAUCGAUCCUCGCUGCCCUGAUUCCGGAUACAGAGGCACAAGCCGCAUUCCUGCCACAUAUCUGCCGCCCCUGAGUGAUCCGGGCUACGAUAGGACCAUUCGAAACGCAAAGAGCCUGUUCUUCAGUGAAAUCAAUCACUUGGCACUCACCGAUAACAAUGUCUUCGAGCUGGACGACGACGAAAGCGAGCCCUCGAGAGUGAAGCGCGAGUUGAAGUUCGACGAGGAGGACCUCUUGUCGAAGAGAAUCAUGAAGCGCGAGUUUAACGAGCGACCUUCAGAGCAAGAAGUGAUUUCCCUGACCCUCGGAGUAAGAACUGGCAUCAGUGUAAAAUAGUCGUUGAAGGUCUAGUAGAUGUUAAGCAUAACAAUAUUAUAUCAUCAUACACCGAUAUGUAUUUACCUAGAAUGAUAUUCAUUAAAUAUAAACUAUGUACAAAUGUAAA